UCGUUUAAAGUUGAAAUUUAAAACGAGAUCGAAGAAGGGGUUUCCUCCGCCAGACCACCACCGCCACUGUCACUGCCACCGUGAAUUGAAUUGAAGGCUUCUCACUGUCACCGUCGCAAUCUCAACGCCUUUAACGAACGAAUUUUAUUCCUUCUUUGUUUUCUAAUUGCACCCCUCAACUCAACUCAACUAUAGCACAAACACACUGGUUGGUGGCAUUUGAUUUUGUUAGAAUUUAGAAGAUGAAGCGCAAACGUGGUCAUAAGAAAGGAAGACCAAAGGGUAACACCAACCCUGUAAGUGUAACCCUUACAAAUGAACAAGAAGAAGAAGAAGAAGAAGAAGAAGAAACCUCUGCUUUUGAUGUUGGUAGUAAAGAAGAUAACAACUCUGGAAUGGAAGUUGACACACCUUCUUCCACCGGUACCGAUCAACAUUCCAAUCUUGCCAACAUAAAUCCUGAUGGUUCCAUCCGUAAGCCCGUUGGACGCGUUAAGGUGAAGCUCAAGACAUCAAAAAUGUUGGACUCUCAACCCAACUCAUCUGAUGCACCUUCACAGAGUGAUACUGAUAAGAGUAGCCAGCAGCAACAUGGACUGGAGAGACAUGGUGUGAACGCUGACAGAAUUGAAGAUAGUGUCACUUCAUUCCCUGAUUUGAAAUAUGGUGCUUCUUAUAAGAAAGCUGGUAGCAUAAAAAUUAAGUCUUCAAAGGUUUUGGGAUUAAAUGCUGACCAGACAAGCAAGCCUUUGCCGAUUUCCUCUGAAAUUAUUCACCCGAAAGAAAGGAAAAUGCCUCCGCUUAAUCCCAGAUAUAAUAAGCACGAAUUGGAUACCUCCUUAAUGAUUAUAAGGAAGGUAAUGAAAAUGGAUGCUGCUGAACCCUUCAAUGUUCCUGUUAAUCCAGAAGCUCUAGGAAUUCCUGACUAUUUCGAUAUCAUUGAUACACCAAUGGAUUUUGGAACUAUAUGCAGCAACCUUGAAAAGAAUGACAAGUAUAUGAAUUCGGAGGAUGUCUAUAACGAUGUACGGUACAUUUGGGAGAACUGUUAUAAGUAUAACAAUAAGGGUGACUAUAUCGUGGAUCUUAUGAAGCGCGUAAAGAAGAACUUUAUGAAGUACUGGGCCGCUGCUGGGUUAUACAGUGAACAACCAAAAGGGAGCACAGGCACUGAGAGGACUACAGAAGAUAUUGCACUUUCUGGUGAUGGAAAAGCAGGAAAGGGUGGUCAGUUGAAGCAUAAGAAAAAAAAGCAUGGAAGACACCAUAAACAUGAUUGUUUAUGUGCAAUUUGUGUGCUAAAGCGCCGUAGGAAGGAAAGGGAGGAGAAUGACCGAAUUGCAAAAGGAAAUUUUGGGUCUGGUAGCGAUAAUCAUGGUAGAGACUUCAAGCAAGAGGAAUCCAUGCUUGUAGAGAGCCCCGGUGGGGAAGAUUCAUUGUCAAACACAGAUGAAUUGCUGGGAACUGAUGGAGAUGUUGAUGAUGAUAAAGGAGAGGUGACGAAGAUGGAGACUAGUGAGAAGAACUGUAGCCCUUCUGAUGGGAGGCAUGAAGUAAAUGAAGUUGAUGAUGAUGGGAUGGAGGAAGAGAACCAUGGCCCAGAGGAUGUGGAAGAGGACGAGGAGGAAGAUGGAGAGGGGGAGAAUGAGGAAGAGAUUGAAAUGAACAGGGUGAAGAGACGCAUGGAUGAAACUUUAAGGCAUGGUGGAACCUUGGCAGAGGAAUCGGAAGUUGGAGACACAGCCGCUCUUCAUGAUGAAUAUAAAAAUACUCAACAAGAAGGACAAGCUGCAGUGGUCCAGCAACAGAAGAAGCACAAGGAACCCCAAGAUAAACAUCAAAAAGCUAAGCUACUUGAGAGCUUAUGCUCUGAAAACCCCAUGCUUUCAAGUUUGUGUGGAACUCUCUUCCCCAAAAAUAGUCAGUCUGUGUGGAGUGGUCCGCACUCACUGAUACACCAAAGAAAAUCUGCCCGCACUAGUUCAAUUCACGCGGCUAUUGGGUCGUUAAUGGAGUAGCUGUCUCAUUUUAAAGUGUUAACUACUCCAAAUGAGACUAUAUUUUUUAUGUUGUAGUUUUUUCUUGGCAGAUGAUAGCAUGGCAGUUGAAUCGUUGAUGGCCUUCACUUCUGAAUGUACGAUAGUCACAACAAUAGAGCAAUGGUAGAUUCGUGCUGUGUUUUUUAUACUUUAAAUUCGUUUUAUUUUUUUGGGCGUAGAUAUGGUACACAUGCUGACGUGAGUUUAAUGACUAGGCUUUGUGCAUUUAUAAAAAAAAAAUUGUUUAUGCA